AUGUCGAUACGCUCUUUUCAGAACCCGUCAGAAAUCGAUUCCAAAGACUAUUCUUGGAAUACACAGUUAUAUGAAGACCGUUCGGCCACCCCUUCCACAGUAUCAUUAUCCGAGCCGUAUGAUUUAAGCAACAUACAAUUACAUUCAGAAAAUGAAUCUCGAGAAGAUAUUGUAUCACUCGGUCAGGCAUCUGACAACUCUUUGCAGUACAUGUGUUACCGAAUUGUAUAUCAUCACAAAAUCAAGGUCUUCGAUAAACUAUAUGCGGAAGCUACUGACAUAAGGAAAAAGUAUCCUAUGGAAAAUCGACUUGUUCCAAAACCUCCUGUUGUUAAGGAAAUACAAGACCCAUCAAAAAGACUAGGUAUUUAUGGCCCCGACACUCCCUUAACUAAAGAUGUUACGAUUUUGGAUGAAGAUACGUACGCUGUUAUUCUUGAAAGAAUUGAUUUCUAUAUCGAAAAAAUCGUCGAAGUGCCGACCAAUUUGGAACAUAUGGCAGCCUUGAAUUUACAACUACAAACGCAGCCUAUUUGGUGGAUUGAUGAGUUCGCUGAACGAAAUGGUGUCGAAAGCUUGCUAACUUCUUUACGAAAUUUGGGCCAUAUCCCCAAACGCCAUGCAAAUACCGAAGUAGAGGUGCUGCUGAUUCAAUCCCUCUUUCAUUCUUUAAAUAGCGGCGUUGCAAGGAAUCGUCUAUAUUUGUCUGCUAAAUGUGCUGUCCCCGGCUUUAAUGCUAUUGGUGCUUUAGCUGAAUCAAUGUUUUCCAAGAGCCUUAAUGCUCGCCGUAUUUCAACUUUUAUCUUGAAAAUUAUUUGCAGCCGAAAAUUUGAACAUGGCCAGUCAUCUGUCGUCAAGGCCUUGGAAUGGCUCGUUGAACAAGGUGCCUCGAAAACUCGAUUUAGCAGAUGGAUGUCAGCUUUACACGACGUCGUAUCUAAUAUCCAGAGUCAUGCCGAUAACCUUAUAUUACCGAAUAACGAACUUGCCAAUCUACAGGGCACGGACUGCUUGAUCGAUUAUUUGGUGGUUACCUUUAACUUGAUACGUGGUAUCUGUUCAUGUACUGCUGAUCUUCGUUCGAGAUGUAAUAUACGUCGCGAAUUUUUGAGUGCUGGUCUCGGUAAGACAUUAGAAAUUAUGCAACGCUGGAAAAACAUUUCUCUCCGCACCGUUGUUGUCAACCUCUUAAAUGAGCACAAUGGUGAUGCACAAUCUUAUAAAAAGUUUAUGAUCGCGAAUUCCGCAAACGAAGAGAGAUCAGAGAUAGCUUCUUUAAAGUCUGCCAACGUUACUACUGACCGUCAAGUGAAUGAAGAAAAUCCUCAGCAAUCGCAAAUGCUGAACGCAUUUCAAAAAAUUUGUUCUCGUUUAAUAGAUCAUGAUUCUCAAAGUAGUUUCUACAAUUUACUUCAGUCCUUGGGCAACGAAAAAGAUCUAGAAAAAAUUGAAAAGUCCAUGCAUCUUUUGGUGUUUACAUUAAAUGCAAUUGAUGAUUAUAAAUCUGCCCGGGUGGACUCAAAUGUCGGUUUCAAUAUUGUGUCGCAAAGAUUGCUUGAUCGUAUGGGCACAGCUGACGAAUUAUCUGAUUACAAGACGAGACAAAGUGAAUUAGUCUUGGAGAAUAAACGUUUGCAUGACCAGGUAGAUGCAUUGUUGUCGCAGCUUAAUGUUGGCCCUCGUGAUCCUAUGCAAUUUCUGAAAACCCAGCUGAAUGAACUACGCAGGGAAAUAGAUCAAAGAGAGAGGCUCUUGAUUUCAAUGCAACGGGAAUUUGAUGGCCGUUAUAAAGCUCAGUUGUUUGCUUAUAGUAAAUUACAGUCUCAACUAGAGGCUGCCCAAAGUGCGGGAAAUUCAAACUUACAAAAUGCUUAUUCUUCUGGAAAACCGUUGCUUAAAAAGUCCAUUUCACAAGACUCGUUAGACGCAAUGUCAAAAGAUUUUGCAUACAGUGUAGUUUCAAAUUUGGAAGAUUCUGAGCAUUAUAUUACUCCUGAAAAGGACGAAGAAGAAUCGGAAGUGGAAUCGGAGGUCUCUUCUUUAGAAGAAUCAAACGAGGCAACUGCACAAUUUAUAAAUACACCAACAACUACACACGCUGUUGUAGCACCUCCAACGCAGCUUGGUCCUCCCCCUCCUCCCCCUCCUCCGGUUCCUAUAAUGGGAGUUUCGAAGGUAGCUGUACCAUCGGCUGUAAGCUUACCACCUCCACCACCACCUCCUCCUUUUGUAAUUGGUGGCUUAAAUGGCCCUCCUCCACCACCUCCGCCUCCCCCAGGUGUUACACCCGGUGGCAGAUUUGUGGCUUCAGCUCCGGUGCAGCCUUCUUUGGCCGCUACCGAGCAGGCUACUGAAAAAACUGAAGAAGAAUUAAAAGAAGAAGAAGAAAAGGCUAGACAACAAAGAGAGGAAGCAGAAAGAAGAGCAAGAGAAGCUGUAGAGAAGUAUACGAAAAUUCCAAGCUUCAGGGAUUAUUACGAACCUAAACAUCAGCUCAAACGCGUCCAUUGGGAACGUGUUGAACCUCCCUCUGGUCACAAUAUUUUCGUUAAGUUUCCCAUAGAUAUUGAAACGAUUGGAAGAACACUCUUAAAUAGCGGGUGGUUACAGAUUUUAGAUGAGAAGUUUGACAACACUAGAAGAAUUGAAACAAAGACUGUCACUAAAGAAACCUCGCCAAACGCACUCUUAUCUCCAAAUGUAAAGCAACAUUUGGAAAUUGUGUUACGUUCCGUCUCGGAGUUCACACCUGAAGAAUUAGUACGAAUGUUUUUAACCGAUCCUAACUUUCUAUCUCCUGCUAUUCAGUUUUUCCACAAGUCUGGAUUUGCUACUCAAGAGGGACUUCUGGCUCCAUUUGCAUCCUAUUGGACGGACUACAGCAAGCCUGAGGACAAGCGUACACCUCCCAAAGAUAAUGUCCAUCAGCUGGGCUAUUAUGAGAGAUUUUUUGUUUUGUUUAUCGUAAACUUGAGACAUUAUUUUCAACAGCGUAUGUAUGGUUUACGAUUGCGUGAAACUUUCUUACCAGAAAUUGAGAAUAUCGAAGUUCAUGUUAAAAAGGUGGUUGAUGUUUGCAGGUCAAUAUUGGAAGAUAAAUAUUUUUCUGGGUUUUUCCAAGUCUUGCUUAAUCUCGGAAACUAUAUAAAUGAUCCUCUUGAUAAAGCUCGUGCAUUUUCUUUGCCAAUGGUUUAUAGAUUGGAAACAUUGCGAGAUUGUACAUUUUCUAACACUCUUUUGCAUUAUUUCGAAGAUAUCAUUCGUACCCAAUUCCCUGAAUAUGAAAAGUCUGAAACAACGUUUAAAAAAAUACAGUCAAUUUGCUCUUAUGGUAUCGAUGGGCUUGUUUCUGAAAUGGAUUCUGUUUACGAACAGUAUUUGCAUUUUAAAAAUGAAAUUGAAAAGGGUGCAUUAUCGAAGCGUGAAGAACAUCAUCCAGAGGAUAAAGUGAUAGAUGCCAUUUACGAAUGGUACGAAAAGGCCUCAGAAAAAAUUAAGAGUUUUAUGGCCUUAAAACGUGAUUUCUUGAAGCUAACGGAGGAUACUGUUAAGUAUCUAUGUGAAUUUAAAAACGUGGAAGUCGUUCGAAACACCUUUUUGAAAAAUUUGACAUCGUUCUAUAUAAUUUACUGUAACGUUAGAAAUGACAAUGCAAGAAAACGGGAGCGUGAAGCUCAAGCUAGACGAACUGAAGAUUCUAAAAAGCUGAUCAUGGAACGUAAGAAAACGUCAAUAGUUGCCCAGUAUAGGAAGGAAAUUCCGGAAGAGCCGAGUGGAUCUGCUUCGAAUCAAGAUCUUAUAACAGAUAUCGGAUCGUCGAGGGCUGUCGACAGUUCAGAAACGUUAGCUGAUGAGACUUCGGGUGAUGGUAAUCAGGAACUUCAUGAUACGCUUCUGAGUGAGUUAGGCAAACAAAUUUCCGAAGGUGCAGAUAAAGCAAAUAAUGGAAAUCCUGUUAAUGAGCUUGGUUUAGCAACAAAGGAUGAAGAUGUCAUCGAAUUAACUUCUGAAACAGAUGAUAUUGCUACAAGGGCAAAAUCAAUGCUACUUAAAAUAAAAAAUACAGAGAAACGUGGCAAUAAUGUGCAAAUCGAUCCAAUGAACAUGGAUGAAGAUUCUUUGCGAGCACAAUUGAAAGCAGCCAAUCAUCCUCAAAAAGUUUCCUUACCUCAGGGUAAGAAGAAAGACUCAGUGGAGGCAUCUUUAGCAAAAAGUAUAUUAGCGAAUUUAACGAAUCCCUCCGCUAGGGAGUUUCACUCGUGA